AUGGUUGUGGUUGCGGCGGCUGAGGAUGAUGAGGCGCCUAUGUCGCCGCCACCGCCUAUGGGAUUGAAGGAACGUCGAGGUUCUCGUGGAUCACCGUGUGCUAAUCUUCCUCCGUUAAUGUUGCCGCCAGCUACUCCAGAGCCAUCGCCUGGGCGCUUGACUCCAAAUAGACUUUCUCCGCAAAUACCAAAGGAGCCAGCAUCGGCUCCAGUUAUGCGGAAUCUUCCACCACCUCGACGCACGAGGACUAGAUCUGAGAUGCCACCUGAACCUCCACCACGCUCACCUCAGACUCCGCGCCCAGCGUCUGUGUCUCCAAAGCAUACUUUUGCAUUCAAAAUUGUACUGAAAAAAGUAGAGAGCACUCCGAAUACAUCAUUUGAUAAGCCGGACCAAUGA